AUGUCCAGUCCGCCAUUUACGGUCAAAGCGGUCUUCGAAUACGCUUCGAGCCACGAUGACGACCUCAACUUUGCGAUCGGACAAAUCAUAACCGUUACGGCAGAGGAAGAUGCGGAAUGGUACUUCGGUGAGUAUACCGACGACUCGGGGCACAAGCAAGAGGGUAUUUUCCCCAAGAACUUCGUGGAGAGAUAUGAACCCCCGGCUCCUCCGCGACCGACACGCCCGAGCAGACCGAAGAAGGAAGCCGAUGUGGCCCCGCCCCCGGAGCCCGCUGUCGCUGUCGCUGUCGAGCCCCCUGCAACUGAGCCCCCCCGCGCACCAGAGCCGGAAGUAGAGGAGACACCUGCACCUGUGCCCCAGCCUCCUCAAUCACCGCCUCCUGCUCUAGCGUCACCUAUCCGCGAGUUUCCAUCCCCCCCGAAGCCGGUUCCUGCCCCGGUUCCUCAAGCCCCUCCGAGUCAAAUCAGUGAACCAGCUCCGAAGACAUCGACCAAGCCCCCACCUCCCGCUGUCGCUGAGAAGCCAACUGGUUCAUCAUUCAGGGAUCGCAUUGCAGCCUUCAACAAGCCCGCUGCACCGCCAAUUGCACCCUUCAAACCCGGUGGUCUGAGCUCUCAGAAUUCUUCCUUCGUCAAAAAGCCGUUCGUUGCGGCACCUCCGAGUAGAGAUGCCUACGUUCCCCCGCCCCGGGAUCCUCCCCGCAAGAUCUACAGACGGGAUGAGGAUCCAGAAGUCCAAGAGCGUGCUGCAAGAGAACCCCCCGUUUCCGAAACCCGGCCACUGUCGAGUGGAGGAGCCGAAGAAGGAGCGGAGGAUCAGCCCAAGCCAACCAGCUUGAAGGAGCGGAUUGCCCUGCUACAGAAGCAGCAGAUGGAACAAGCUGCUCGUCACGCCGAAGCUGCCCAGAAAAAGGAGAAAGCCAAACGCCCCCCAAAGAAGCGCCUCGAGUCUCAUGAAGAAGCUAUGCCCGCGGAGGACAUGGCGACUGAGGAACCUGCAUCCACGGAGUCUGCAAGAGACCAUAGUGUUGAUACCUUGAAGGCGGGUCCCCCUCCGGCUCCCCAGGCACCCAUGUCUCCCCCACCUGUACAGGAGUUGGUCAGCGAUGCCAAUGAUGCCGAUGACUCGGCCGCUGCUGAUACGGAAGAUGCGGAAGAGACAUCUACCAGCAAGGAGGACUAUGACGAGCGUGCCCGCACAGAGGUUCAGCACGAAGCUCAAGCUGAAUCCCAACAGGUGGAGGAGCAAGUUGAAGAACAUGAGGCUCCUGGUGACGAAGAGGAACAGGAGGAGGAAAUGGAGGAAGAGGAAGAGAUAGACCCCGAGGUCAAGCGCAAAAUGGAACUUCGGGAAAGAAUGGCCAAGAUGAGCGGCGGAAUGGGUAUGAUGGGCUUCUUUGGAGCUCCGGGUGGUAUGCCUGUGCCGGGCGCAGCUCCUCGCAAGCCGAAGGCACCCGUGGAAGCGGAGAGGCCAUCAGGAGAGUACGAAAGAGCAGGCCCAACUGCUGCGCCUCCAGUUCCCGUCAUGGCUCUACCGGGGAUGAAUGUAGCCAAGCCUACUGUCACCCCAAGCGUUGAGAAGGAGGAGGAAGAGACCUUGCCCAGUCCUGUGACCGAGCAGCAUCCUCCGCAUGAGAUCCCUGAUGUUGAGGAUGUUGUAGAGGAGCCUCCUCGACGCAUGUCGACCGAUAGGCCACCUGCGCCCUUAGAGCGCGCGGCUCCUCCGCCUCCACCACUCCAAACACGACCGAGUGUCGGACCCGCUGAUCCGGGCGAGGAAUCGGAUGAUGAACUCUCCAUACAUGCUAAGAAUCUCUCUUUGAAUGCUGGGGCGGCCGACCAACCUACAAGCCAACCUGUUUCGGCACCUCCGAUUCCCGAUCACCUCGAUUCUCGCCGCUCAUCGACAUACGAGAUUACGUCCCCGAGAUCACCGACUCUCCCCGCAGACAAGAGACUCAGCCGCGCUCCUCCGCCCAUUCCAGGGAAUCCCCAGUCAACCGCUGACAGUCGGACCAGUGUGGCUUCACAUCCCCGCCAAGCCGGUGAGGAGGUAGAAGGAGAGGUCACCGAGUAUGACGGCGACUACGACACGGACAUCGCAUCUGGCGCCAAGUUCAAGGAUGCACUCAAGGCGCAUGGGCGUGAGUCCAGCUUCGAUGAAGGGACGACGACCGACGACCAUUCUCUUCAAUCUCCUUGGAGCCCGCCACAGGGCCGUCUUCCUCCACCCCCUCCCCAAAUGCUCCCGGGCAGUCCCGCCCCGCCUCCAAUUCAGCCCCCAGGAGGCCCCCCUCCUCCGCCUCCUCAUCGUGAGUUGUCCUACGGCGGAGAUGAAGAUGAAUAUGACCCGUACCGUUAUUCCGCUCCACAGCAUGGAAUGCCUCCAAGAGCGCCUCCCCCUAUGCCCGCUGGGCCACCGCAGCUACCGCCUGCCAUCCCUGCCCAGGCUGCGGAAGAAGAAUCAGAUGACUUCUAUGAAGCAUCGCCGGUGCUAUCGCAGCCCGAGGCAUACACCUUCCCGCCGCCUGAGAGACGUGCCUCGAUGGCGCCUCCGCCUCCCACGUUGCCUCCACCCACACCGCGAAGCAACCGUGCGUCGUUGGACAUCCCGAGAGCGCAGCCUAGCAUGCGGCGAUCCAUGGAUGUCGCUCGCCCAUCCAUCGACCAAGGCUACAUUGCCAUGGAUGUUGACUUGGCAGAGAACACACUCUGGUGGACACAGCAUAACACUCCUCCACCAGUGUUCCAGAACCGCCGGGAUGUCCUGCUUGAAUUCGAGGAAUCCAGUUCUUCCAAGCGAGGUGGCAAGAGUAUGGUGACCAAGGAUAUCUACGUCCUAUUCAUCGAUCACUCGCAGACGGUGAUUACGGUGAGCUUUGAUCCUCGGAAUCCCACCGAUGCCGCUUUCGAGCAACGUCACGAGGCUCCUCCCAUUCAACCUCGCCAGGACCAACUGGAGAACGCCCAUCUACAGAUUGGCACUCGCAUCGCGUCUGCCGUCAAUGCCAUCCAGAACACGACUGUAGCGGACGGCACUCCCUUUGGUCUCGUGCAGCACUUGCUCAGUCCCCUGUCCGAUGCUCUCCUGCCGGUAGGCACGCGAGCCUAUGGUGCCUUGGUCUACUCGAACCUGGCCAAUGCAUCGGUGCAGCAGAACGACGAGAUCCGCGCGGGCGAUAUCGUCAGCUUCCGAAACGCGCGCUUCCAGGGGCAUCGUGGCACGAUGCACCAGAAGUACAGUGCGGAGGUUGGCAAGCCCGAUCACGUGGGUGUUGUGGUUGACUGGGACGGCACGAAAAAGAAGAUCCGUGCGUGGGAGCAGGGUCGCGAGAGCAAGAAGGUCAAGGUGGAAAGCUUCAAGCUGAAUGACUUGCGCAGUGGCGAAUGCAAGGUGUGGCGGGUGAUGCCGCGGAGCUAUGUGGGUUGGGAGAAAUAG